AUGGACGAAGAUCCAGAGGCCGUCGUUGACGUCGAGGCGAUGGAGGCACUUGAGUCCGAAUCUGGGGGGGUGCUCGAAGCUGAGAGUUCCGAGCUGGAGGAGCGUACAAUUAUCGACGUUAUGGAUAGCGUUAUGACCGUAUCUGUUGGAGAUGCCGAUGCCGUCCUCCCGGGCGUGGUUUUCGUAUCUUCUCCCGUCUCCGCUGCGAGAUUUGAACUGGUCCACAUGGACGAGUCUCGACUUCCCGUUGCAGAAGUUGAUCCUUUGUCUUGCUCGGAAGAUGUAGACGGCGUCUUGACAAGUGUAGAGGUCAACGUGAUGAAGCGAAUCGACGACGAGGGCAGGCUACUGGCUGGUGUGCCUGUUGCCGAGGAUGAGAUCCAGAUUGAAGAGUUGUACGUGGAUGUUGUCACCGCGGUUGAAAAGAGCGACUCCGACUCCGUUUGUCUUGUUGUGGACAAGAUACUUGAAUCGUCGAAUAGCGAGCUCGAUGUCGGCGUCGUGGAGUCACCCCCCGUCAAGGUGAAAGAGCUUGUCAAGGUUGAAGCACUGGAACUGGACAGAACAGAGGUGCUGAAAGAUUCUACUGAGCCCGUCAUGGUUGUGGACGGCCUAUCAGAGCUUGGAGUGGCCGCGUUGCUCGUGGCUGGCGUAGACCCUGGUUCUCCGUGCUGCGUUCCAGAAAGCGCGGUUCCGCUUACCACUGUGGUACUGACCAGAGAAGAAAGGGAGCGUAGCGGAGGGCUAGUGCCUGGGACUGACGACGACGAAAGCACGCUGGAGCUUGAAGCCUCUGGGCUCAACGAGCUAGAGGCGCGAGAGAGUGUUUCGUCCGGAGUCGCCGCAGACUCAGUAAUGGAUAUUACACGAGUCACUGUCAACAGGAUUGUGCUUCCAACAGCCGAUGACGACGGCAAUGCAGACGUUUCAGGCGUAGCCGUGUUGAUAGAAGUCCAGGAAUCAAGGUGA